CUGCUGGACAGCGCUCCCCCUGAUGUGCCCCCGAGGAACCCGUCAAUGAACCGGCUCAACGGGCGCAUCGCGAGCGGAGUGGCGGCCGGCAACCCCGCCGACAGGGACGGCGACUUCGAGCCGUCCUGCCUCGUCCGCACGCCCUCCGGGAACGUCUACAUACCGACAGAUAUACCAAAGAACUCUGCCCUGGACUACAAAUCCAACUCCUCCUGUAGCAGCCCAUCGAAAGGAGACAUACAAAAGAACUCAGAAAGGUGUUCAUUGCCAUUUGGGACUCCUGUUCCUGUUCUGCCCGUCCGGAAUAACCUGCGCCGCCCAAACUCCAGUCAUUUCCCACCGUCACGAUUUCAGUUUAGGAAAGGCAUCACAUCGAAAUGUACAUGGAAGUGCACAGCAAUUGUCUUCAUCAUUUUGUCAGUUGUAUUAACUACUGCACUGACUUACAUGUCAGUUGUUAACUUACUAAACUGGUCAUAUCAGAGUGCCAAAACCUGCAAGGUCCUUGUUGGGGAGAACACUGAGGUAUAUCCUAAAGCCUCUGCUGAGGUUAACCGCUCAUCCUCUCGUCCUCGGCCCUCUCCAGGAGGAGGUAAAGUUCUCUCCACUGCCAAUGACGCCAGUCCAGUAGAGCCAGCACGGAAGCGUUGGCGUAGAACUGUCACCCAGCAUGCACCACACCCUGCCAUUUCUCUUGUUGAUCCUCAUGUUAUAGCACAAAGUGGUGAAGUAGCUCUAGACCUUGAUGUUGUGCAUGAUGACAAUAUAACUGCUCUUCCGGGUUCUGUGCAUGUUGAAAAAUUGACAGCCCAAACUGGCACAAAUGAGCAUGCUGAUGUGUCUGUUCCACUGUCUUUGAAACAAGUCAACACUAACUCCCCAUCCAGUGAACAGGUGUUUGAGAACAAAAGUGGCAGUGAUGCAGCAUCUAUGGAUACUGCUGUCCCAAGUGCUGUCCAAAAUGACUAUGGUGUUUUUGCAUAUGGGCAAGAUGAAGUGAAGAUUGUUAGAUUAACGCAUGAUUCUGUAACUCUGAAACCAGGUGGUAAUGAGCUUCCUCCUCACACCAGUCCUGAUGCCAACAAACUGAAUAAUGAAAUUCGCGGUAACAUACCUCUUCUACAACACCCGAGAGAUUUUAAUAGUAAAGACAUUAUAGGUAAAUUCAUAGAGGAAGACAAAGAUGAGGACAAAGACGAAACUGAUGAAAACAAUAACACUGAGAAAGCACCAAAACUUAAAAAUAAAAGUGAAAAUGUGUUACCUGGUGUUUUGUGGGAUAAGAACAUGGAAAAUGAGAAACAGCCUUCAGUAGCUGUGAAAGUUAAUGCCAGCACAACUAACCUUACUACAACAUCAACUCACGAACACCAUUCAGAUAUUCUGGCACUUCAAAAUGAAAAUGCUAGUCAUGAGCAUCAUAUGGAAAAUUCAUUUUUUUCUAAUUUCAAUGGCAGUGACCCAGCAGAAGAAAAUGUGACAGAAAGUAGCACCUAUUUCACUGGCCUUGAUGAAAAUUUCUCAGAGAAUUUGACAGAGCAUGAAGAAGUAAGUGCAUCCCUGAAGCAUGGUUCUUUAUUAACACUGCAUCCCAUGAAAAUGAGUGAUCCUAACAACUAUAGUAUAGAAAUUCUUACUACAGUUUCUCCAAAUACAUCGCAUAACUAUUCUGCAAACAGCUCAUCAGACGUGCGCCUUGUGACUAUGCCUGUUGUUGACAGUGUUUUACCUAAACCACCAAAACGAGUGCUUGUUAACGUAACAGUAGCUAUGCAGGAUGAAACUUUUGGUUCGCAUCAGUCAGUAUAUGUAUUCUCCAUGUCUGUAUCUGCUGCAGGCAAUGCCACUAGUGAUGCAACAAAAGUAAAUGUUGUUCAUCCUGCUCAAAAGGUGGCAAAUGUGCUUCUCAGCUUGAACACCUCAGAUGACACCCAAAUGCUGUUAGCACAUCAGGAGCACUCUCACACGACCCCAUUCAUAACUACUAGCUCCACUACAACCACCACAACUGCACCACCUCAUCUGAAUGGAGCCGUGUGUGAGUGCUCUUGCCCAUGCUUGGAUCAGGAAGUUGAUUAUGAUGACACAGAAAUAAAUACACCCACCUCUAUCAACACUGACACUUCAAUAAUUGCAGGAAGAGAAAUCAGUAAUGGGACUGAACCAUCAGUUGAAGAACAUACUACGCUCAAAGAGAGUUCUGAAUAUCAUCAGUUCUUUUCAACUCCAGCCGUAACUCAAAGCACUGAAAGUGAUGAGAAAGGACAGUAUACUUCAGAUCUCCCAACGAGUACUUCAUAUGAGGGUAAUGAGGGUACUGUUUCUACAAUGUAUUCAACAAAUACUGAAGACCCUCUUCCAUCCAGAGAGAUAACAGAGACAGAGACUGUUACUGUCACCACAGUAACAACACAGGCAAAUAGCGCACCAACUUGGUCAUCUACUGAGACAAGCAGCUUAGCGAGUUCUACGAGUCGGGACUGUGGAUCAUUGCUGGUGAACACUACGCCUCCUACUCCACCCAUCUUAAUUCUUGAAGGUGCUAGAACUUUUCCGGGGAUCACUUUUCCACCUGAUGGGACAACUUUUUCUCAAAUCUCUCUUGGCCAAAAACUAUCUAAGGAUAUACCUCCAUACAGUUACUGGAACAUGCAGUUUUAUCAGUCUGAAGCUGCGUAUGUCAAGUUUGAUUACAGCAUCCCAAGGGGUGCAAGUAUAGGAGUGUAUGCCCGCAGGAAUGCCCUUCCAACUCAUACUCAGUAUGACAUUCUGGAGGUUCUUAGUGGAUUCAAAGCAAGGACGACAAGAGGAGCACAUAUGGCAGUGAAAAAGGAUGUAACACAUUACAUGGAACAAGGACACUGGUUUUUGUCACUUUACAAUGACGAUGGAGAUGCACGUGAAGUGUCAUUCAUUGCAGUUAUUGCAGAAGAAAUGACACAGAAUUGCCCCAGUGGCUGUAGUGGCAAAGGAGAGUGUCUGUUAGGACAUUGCCAAUGCAAUCCUGGAUUUGGUGGAGAUGACUGCAGUGAAAGUGUUUGUCCCGUACUUUGCAGUCAACGAGGAGAAUAUAUAAAUGGAGAAUGUCAGUGCAAUCCAGGUUGGAAGGGAAAGGAAUGUAGCUUAAGGCAUGAUGAAUGUGAAGUACCAGACUGUAAUGGACAUGGUCAUUGUGUCAAUGGUAAAUGUGCCUGUGUGCGUGGAUACAUGGGAAAAUUCUGUGAGGAAGUGGACUGCCCACACCCAACCUGCUCAGGACAUGGCUUUUGUGCAGAGGGUGUGUGCAUUUGCAAGAAAGGCUGGAAAGGAGCUGACUGCAGUCAGAUGGACAAUGAUGCACUUCAGUGUCUGCCAGAUUGUUCUGGGCAUGGCAACUUUGACCUUGAGACCCAGACAUGUAGCUGUGAACCAAUGUGGUCUGGCGAUGAUUGUUCACGAGAACUGUGUGAUCUUGACUGUGGACCUCAUGGCCACUGUGUGGGAGAUUCCUGUAUGUGCAAUGCUGGAUGGUCUGGGGAAUAUUGCAAUCUAAAGCAGUGUGAUCCGAGGUGUAAUGAACAUGGUCAAUGCAAGAAUGGCACAUGCCUCUGUGUGACGGGGUGGAAUGGUCGUCACUGUACUUUGGAAGGAUGUCCAAACAGCUGCAGUGCUCAUGGACAGUGUCGUGUAAAUGGUGAUGGUGCCUGGGAAUGUCGCUGUCAUGAUGGCUGGGAUGGACAUGAUUGCAGCGUACCACUGGAACAAAGUUGCAAUGACAAUCGGGAUAAUGACAGAGAUGGCCUGGUGGACUGUGAAGAUCCAGAAUGUUGCACAAAUCACAUUUGUCGCAGUAGCCAGUUGUGUGUGAUGUCACCAAAGCCUAUUGAUAUUCUGCUGCGCAAACAGCCUCCAGCUAUAACUGCUUCAUUUUUUGAGCGAAUGAAGUUCCUCAUUGAGGAAGGAAGCCUACAGAAUUAUGCUCGUCAGGAAUCAUUCAAUGAAAGUCGAUCUGCUGUUGUGCGUGGCCAAGUUGUCACAGCCAUGGGAAUGGGAUUGAUGGGUGUCCGAGUGAGCACUAGUACCCCUCUGGAAGGAUUUACACUGACUCGAGAAGAUGGCUGGUUUGAUCUUUUGGUGAAUGGUGGAGGCGCAGUCACACUGCAGUUUGGACGAAGCCCUUUCAGACCACAAAGUCAUAUUGUCAAUGUUCCAUGGAAUGAGGUUGUAAUAAUUGAUACGGUGGUCAUGAGCACUGGCGAUGAGAAACCAGUUGCAGCUGUGCCCCAUUCAUGUGCUGCACAUGACUAUGAUCUUAUGAAGCCUGUUGUUCUGGCAACAUGGAAACAUGGCUUUCAGGGAGCAUGUCCAGACAAAAGUGCUAUUUUAGCUGAAUCACAGGUUGUACAAGAAAGCCUCCAGAUACCCGGUACUGGUCUUAAUUUAGUAUACCACAGUUCAAGAGCUGCUGGUUAUCUUUCAACAAUACAGUUGCAGCUUACACCAGAAACUAUACCUUCAUCUUUGAAACUGAUUCACUUGCGAAUCACCAUUGAAGGCAUACUUUUUGAAAAAACAUUUGAAGCAGAUCCUGUAAUCAAAUUUACUUAUGCAUGGAACAGAUUAAAUGUUUACAGGCAACGUGUUUAUGGAGUCACAACUGCAAUGGUUAAAGUUGGGUAUGAAUAUAGUGAUUGCAAAGAUAUAAUUUGGGAUGUGCAAACAACAAAGCUCAGUGGUCAUGAUAUGAGCAUAUCAGAGGUUGGAGGCUGGAAUCUUGAUAUCCACCAUAGAUAUAAUUUCCAUGAAGGCAUACUGCAGAAGGGAGAUGGAUCCAACAUUUACUUAAAACAUAAGCCACGUGUGAUACUGACGACAAUGGGAGAUGGGCACCAGCGGCCCCUUGACUGUUUUGACUGUGACGGCCAAGCAUCUAAGCAAAGGCUUUUAGCUCCCGUUGCGCUUGCUGCUGCAGCUGAUGGAUCAAUAUUUGUCGGUGAUUUUAAUUUGGUGAGGCGAAUAUUGGUUGAUGGAACUGUCAGAACACUUGUUCGACUCAAUGCCACGAGAGUGUCUUACCGCUAUCACUUAGCUCUGAGUCCACUAGACAACGUUCUAUACAUAUCAGACCCUGAAUCUCACCAGAUCAUACGUGUGAGGAGUGUUGAUGAUUACUCAGAUCCAGAGCAUAACUGGGAAACAGCAGUUGGUUCAGGGGAAAGAUGUCUUCCGGGAGACGAGGCACACUGUGGUGAUGGCGCUCUGGCACGUGAUGCAAAGCUGGCGUACCCAAAAGGUGUUGCUGUAUCAGCUGACAAUGUUCUAUACUUUGCUGAUGGAACCAAUAUCAGGAUGGUUGACAGGGAUGGAAUUGUGACAACAGUCAUUGGUGAUCACAUGCAUAAGUCCCACUGGAAACCAAUUCCCUGUGAAGGGACAUUAAAUGUGGAAGAGGUUCAUCUUCGUUGGCCCACAGAGCUUGCAAUCAAUCCUCUUGACAAUUCUCUUCACAUCAUUGAUGACCAUAUGAUCCUUCAGUUGGCUCCAGAUGGCCGAGUGAAAGUUGUAGCUGGUCGCCCAUUGCAUUGUCCCUCUCCAGCAGGUGGCUAUGACACAGAACUUGCUACACAUGCAACCUUGGUAAUGCCCCAGAGUAUAGCAUUUGGACCAUCUGGAGACCUUUAUGUUGCUGAGAGUGAUUCUCAACGAAUAAACAGGGUGCGAAUCAUCGGUACAGAUGGAAAAAUUUCUCAUUAUGCUGGAGCAGAAUCAAAAUGCAAUUGCUUAGAUAGAGGCUGUGAUUGUUUUGAGGAAGAUCAUUUCCUCGCAUCCACUUCGAAGUUCAAUACAAUUUCUUCUGUCGCAGUUACUCCCGAUGGAAUAUUGCACAUAUGUGAUCAAGCAAACUACAGGAUUCGUUCAGUGACAGCAAGUAUCCCAGAUGCCAGUGUCUCAAGAGAAUAUGAGAUAUAUUCUCCUGACACUCAAGAGAUUUAUGUGUUCAAUCGCUUUGGUCAGCAUAUCGCAACCCGCAACAUUCUCACAGGAGAAACAAGUUAUUUGUUUACAUACAAUGUAAAUACAAGCAAUGGGAAACUUAGCACAGUGACAGAUGCUGCCGGAAACAAGGUCUUCCUCCUGAGAGACUAUUCAAGUCAAGUGAAUUCUAUUGAAAAUACUAAAGGCCAAAAGUGUAGAUUGAGAAUGUCACGCAUGAAAAUGCUCCAUGAAUUAAGCACACCAGACAACUAUAAUGUUACUUUUGACUAUCAUGGACCAACAGGUCUUCUUAAGACCAAACUUGAUAGCACUGGCCGGAGCUAUGUUUACAACUAUGACGAAUUUGGAAGACUAACUUCUGCUAUAACUCCUACAGGAAAAGUUAUUAGUUUGUCAUUUGAUCUCAGUGUGAAAGGAGCAACAGUGAAAGUAACACAAAAUAACCGGAAACCAGUUUCAAUGUUAAUAAAAGGGUCAACAGUUGUUACAAAAGUUGGUGAUGCAGAACAUCGAAUCCUGGUACUAGCAGAUGGUAGCGUCGCCAGUACAACACCAUGGUCCCAUGCUGUAGCCACAGACACAGUGCCAUACCCAGUAUUAUCUGACAUUGAUCCGGUUCUCGGUGAAAGUUUUCCUGUUCCCGCACGCCAGAGAACAGAGGUUGGUGGAGACCUGGCAAACCGUUUUGAAUGGAGAUAUUUUAUGAGACGUGCAUCAGGCAGUGGAAAGAGAGCUGGAAGUAGUGGUGGAAGCGGUAGUGGUGGUAAAUCAGUAGUGCAGGUUGGACGCAAACUGAGAGUCAAUGGAGAGAACCUGUUAACAAUGGAAUAUGAUCGUGAAACUGGCACUGUUGCUGUUUUCAUGGAUGAUCGUGUAGAACUGCUGAAUGUCACUUAUGAUCGUACUGCACGCCCUGUUAAAUGGGGUUCCAGGAAUGGGAUAUUUGCUGGUGUCGAACUUGAGUAUGACAGAUUUAGUCGCCUUACAAGCUGGAGAUGGGGAGAACUCAACGAAAGUUACGCAUUUGACAGAGCUGGGCGUCUCAAUCAAAUUCGUUAUGGUGAUGGAUCAUCAAUGAUUUACGCAUUCAAGGAUAUGUUUAGCAGCCUGCCACUGAAAGUCACAACACCACGAGGAAGUGACUACUUGCUGCAGUAUGAUGAAGCCGGAGCACUGCAAUCACUUACAACACCCAGAGGCCAUAUCCAUGCCUUUUCUUUGCAGACAUCCCUUGGAUUCUUCAAAUAUCAGUAUUUCUCACCAAUGAAUCGGCACCCAUAUGAAAUUUUAUACAAUGAUGAUGGCCAGAUUCUAGCAAAAGUUUACCCACAUCAGUCUGGUAAAGUUGCAUAUGUGUACGAUCAGAGCGGCAAACUUGAAACAGUUCUUGCAGGUCUGUCAUCUAUCCAUUACAAUUACCAAGAAACUACGAGUUUGGUGAAAAGUAUUGACAUUGUGGAACCAAACUUUGAACUGAAACAAGAAUAUCGCUACCAUGCUGGAAUUUUGAAAGAUGAAAGACUUAAAUUUGGCAGUAAAAGUGGACUGGACAAUGCACAUUUUCGUUAUCAAUAUGAUGGCAAUGCAAGAAUAUCAGGCAUUGAUGUUGAAAUAAAUGGAAAAGAGCUUCCACAGUUGAGAUUGAAAUACAAUCAAAAUUUGGGCAUGCUUGAAGGAGUGACAGAUCUGCGUAUUUACAGGAACACUUUCAAUCGCUCUGUGAUGCAGGAUACAAGUAAACAGUUUUUCAGCAUCACUGAUUAUGACAAUCAUGGAAGGAUAAAGUCAAUACUUAUAAACAUUAAAACAUUUGAUGUUUACAGAAUGGAACUAGAGUAUGACAACCGGAACAGGAUUAAGGCACAAAAAUUUACAAUUGGGCGAGUUACUAUCACAGACAAAGUUACUUACAAUGCAGAUGGACAUGUAAUGGAAGUUGUAGGUGACAGUAACUGGAAAUAUGUUUAUGAUGAAAAUGGCAAUGUUAUUGGUGUAAUUGAACAAGGAGAAAAGAUCUCACUUGGUUAUGACAGUGGAGACAGAGUUGUGCAGUAUGGCGAUGUUGAAUUCAACAGCUAUGAUGGUCGAGGAUUUGUUGUGAGGAGAGGGGAACAGAAAUAUCGCUAUAAUUCACGAGCCCAAUUAAUUCACGCAUUUGAAAGAGAUAAAUUUCAAACAUGGUACUUUUAUGAUGAUAGAGGAAGAAUGGUGUCUUGGCAUGACGAACGAGGCAAUGUUACUCAGUAUUUCUAUGCAAAUCCAAGCACACCAGAUCUAAUUUCUCAUGUUCAUUUUCCGAAAUCUGGACGCACAUUCAGAUUACUUUAUGAUGAACGGCAAAUUCUGAUAACCGUUGAAACAUCAGAACAGCGCUUUUAUGUUGCUUCAGAUCAAAAUGGUUCUCCUCUAGCACUGUAUGACACAAAUGGAAACAUAAUUAAGGAAAUUAGACGUACACCAUUUGGAAAAGUAACCAAGGAUUCAAAUCCAGACUUCUACCUUCCUGUAGACUUCCAUGGUGGCCUUUUUGACCCAAAUACUGGUCUUGUGUACAUAAAGAAGAGACUUUAUGAUCCAGUUGUUGGCCAGUGGAUGACUCCAGCAUGGGAAGAAAUGGCAAACCAACUCACAACACCAACUGAUAUUUUCAUCUACAGAUUUAACAACAAUGACCCGAUUAAUCCCAGGCAUGUCAUCAAUUACAUGACAGAUCUUCCAAGUUGGUUAAAACUUUAUGGUUACGACAUCGACAGUAUGCUUGGAUCAUCCUACACAGCUCGCACAGUGUACCAACCACAAGCAAUGGUCACUUCACGCCAACUGUCCCCUGAAUUUGGUGUAAUGUCUGGAUUGCAAUGCAUUGUGGACAGAGUGAACGAAAAAUUCCGGGACUUAGGUUUUGUUCCCAAGCCACUGCUGAAAAUGGAGCCAAAGACAAGAAACUUACUCCCAAGAGUAGCGUACAGAAGAGCUGUGUUUGGAGAAGGUGUUCUCAUCUCUCGUGUGUCGGGUCGUGCUAUUGUCAGUGUUGUUGAAGGCGUCAAUAGCGUUGUGCAGGAUGUUGUGACAUCAGUUUUCAACAAUUCUUACUUUCUUGAUCUGCAUUUCAGUCUUCAUGAUCAAGAUGUGUUUUAUUUUGUCAAAGACAAUAUCUUGAAGAUAAGAGAUGACCAAGAAGAACUGCGAAGGUUAGGUGGUAUGUUCAAUAUCUCAGCACAUGAAUCAGCAGAACAUGGUACUAGUGGCACUAAGGAACUGAGACUUCACAAUCCUGAUGCUGCAGUCUUUAUUAGGUAUGGUGCAGAUCCAGAACAAGAAAGACAUCGAAUACUGAAACAUGCCCAUAAGAGAGCUGUGGAGAGAGCAUGGGAACUAGAGAAACAACUUGUUGCUGCCGGCUUCCAGGGUCGUGGUGAUUGGACUGAAGAAGAAAAGGAAGAUUUAGUACUGCAUGGACGAGUGGAUGGCUAUGAGGGGGUUGAUAUUCAUAGUGUACACCGCUACCCACAACUUGCUGAUGAUCCUGGAAAUGUAGCUUUCCGUCGAGAUACAAAACGUAAACGACGGAAGAGUGGAAAUCGCAGGUUACGCUGGCACAGGCAUGACUCGUGAUGCACAAAAUAUCCACAAUCAUCAAUUCCUUUAAACAUCGGCACUUAAUGCUUGGUGUUAUGACCACCAGUCUUGAAAGUCAGACAACACAAACAGACACUCUACAUCUUAAGUCACAAGUGAAAGGGUCUGUCUUUUUUUUUUUUUUUUUUUUUUUUUCAAUAAUACAUUAGUUUGGAAGCCAGUAGUGCAGUGGUACAUUUAUUUUGUUCCAACUUGAAGAUUCAUCAAACUACUGCAGUUAUGUGAAACCCCUUGCUACCUGCCCCCCCCCCCUCCCCCCCCAAUCGUACCUUGCAUCUUAUUGGGAUGGUCAAGUAAAAAAUCCAUGACAGUGACCACAAGCUGAUCCCCCUGAAAAACUCUAAUAUCACAAAACGUUUGUAGUGCCAGGAUAGAAAAUACAAACUCAUCCACGAAGAUGUUAAUGAUACACCCAUUUAAGAAAAAAUGACCUUUCGUAAUGCCACAAGUAAUUGGGACACUUAAUAAAGCUGAGGUCAGUUAUUACCAUACUUGAAAAUUUUGUCCAUACUUUCCAUAUUCAACCACUAGUCAUUUCACAGUUCACUUUUUGUAACCAACAGGCAUCAUGAUCAAACUUUAAUUGUUGCUAAAUGAAUAGCUUAGGACUAAGCAGACACUGUUGAAUAGCAUGUGUGUGAAUUUCACAGAAGUAAUAUGUAUUUUUAAAUAAGGCUGUUGAUGAUUUUGUGUGCAAGAACUUUAAUAUGUGCGACACAUGGAGUAUAAUGGUAUUCAAAUCACGUUAGAAAAAAAAGCAAUAUUCCAUGUAUGACUGAAAAACAAAUAAUUGUACAGACUGGAAGGAACAUUUUUUGAGACUGUAAAUAUGUUAAAGUUAUUUUUUAUUUAUGGACAUGGUGGACAUUUUAACACCAUUAUUGCAUUUUUAUGAGCCCUUUUCUUGCAGAUCACGGCAUACUAAACAUUAAAUAAUUUGGAAUCUCACAAUGGCAAUUGUUAAUCGCAUUUUUUAAAAAAAUGAAUGUAUAGGCCUACAACAUUAACACAAUUAAGAAGACUGGUUAAGAGUGAUUUUAUGUAAGGUGAAAGUGUUUCGUACUUAUGCAGGCUGGAUUGCAAAAGCAGGAAUCAGUGUCUUGUGUUGUAAAAUAAAUAUUAUGCUGACAUGCAGAAACAGGGUAGAUGUUGAUGCAGGAGGAACAAAAUUAAAUGUGGUGCAAAAUAUAAACACUGUGAGUUCCUCAAAUAUGCAUAAAUUGUCUGCAAGAUUUAACACAACAUGACGUGCAAUGAGAAUACUUCAGGCAUGUACAUUUGAUAGCAAGCUGUUAAUAGUGAGGUUGUGGAAUAUAUCCACAUACAAAGACUUCAAGGAAGAAAGUGGAACUGUUCCUCAUUGUGCUUAUGUCUUUGCAAUAUAUAGACAACGGAAACUUUCAGUGUCUGUGAUUUUUUGCAUUGCACUAGAAAUAUUGUAGAAUUGACUCAACUGCAAAAUUUCAUAGUGAGACAUUGUUUUCCUUGAAUGGUUUCCUCAGUGCUGUUAAAGUUGUUUUUGUUGUAAGGAGGAAAUAAUGCUGGCAUUUGUCUAGCCGCAACAGUGACAUUUAGGUUACAGAGCUUGUAUGUGCUCUAGUAUGAAUAUGAAGAGGCUUAAGCCUUUUAUUUUCUACUGUGUAUCCAUAAAAGCUUCUGCCUUUGGUGCUUAAUAAUGUGACAGAUAUGUCUCUUAUUGUCAUUUCAGUGAAUUUUUAUCACUGUUUUAAUGUGAAAUUAAUUAAUAAAUCUUAUAUGCUAAUGUUUUCUUGUAAGUGAAAUUUUCGAAAGUUUUCAUUUAAUGUGUAUUAUAAAAAAUUAUAUGUACCUUUCAUUGUAGAUGUUUGAUUACGAAUUUUUAUUUGUCACUUUAUGCCCCUAUAUUUUAUUUUUUUAAAUGUAUCACACUAUAAUUGUUUGUCAAAAGCAAAACUAUAUAUAUACAUAUGUAAUGUUCUGUACAGUCACAUGCAUGCCCUUUGAUUCUCAUAUGUAAAUAUAUAAAGAAGAGCGCGUGAAGAGUGUGGCGCUUUAUGCCAUGGUGAAGACAAGAUAUUUUUUCAGAGGUUUUUACCUGACUAAGAAGGAAGCAAUACUUAAUAACUUGUAAGUCUCAUUUAUAAAAACUGUGCAAUUCUUAUUAUGUAACAGGCAUCCGAGACAAUGCACAAAGGCCUUGGACUGCAACAAUAUAAGGCCUGUGAGUGGGUCCACGGAUUCCUUUGUCUUUAGAACUGUUUAUUACUAAGCAGAAAUGGGAUACUGAUUCCUACCCAAUGUUGUACUUGUUUGGCCUAUGCCCUUGUGUAUAGGAAAAGUAAUAGCUGAGUGUACUGUAUGUUCACUUGGACAAAUCUGCAUACUAACUGUACAUAGACCUUAUUAUUAAUUAAAAAGAUGAAAGAAAUUUAAA